AUGUCUGACGUAGACCUUCUUGAUCUAACAAUCGGUGUACUUGGAACACAAGUUCCUCAACGAAGCCCAACUAUCAAAUGGCGAGAUGGCCAUAUAACCGUUCUUCCAGCGAUUUACAACGGUUCUACCAUUAAUAUUUGCGAUGAGGUUGAUAUUCCCUUCAUUAAAUUCAUAUCGCAAUGUCCUCAGUCUAAGGCCGGUUCCACACACGUGUCCCAUAUGCGAAACGAGGACCUCUCUGCUCCAAACAUUCUCGAUACCAUCGCGGACACUCUCGCCCUCAAUAUGUGUGUAUUAAUCACAGGUGUCCCACAUAAAUCGCCUGGGAGGAUUAUUACGGAUGAGUACUUGGACGUUCAAUUUGGAAUAUCACCAUUGCGUCCAUUAUGCAUUCAUGAUGCACAGAAGAGAUGCCAUGACCAUGUCAAUCCGACAAUCCAGGGAAAUAUACAUUCAUUUAUGAAGUCGAUGUUUGAUCCAACGAAAAUUCAAUGUAUUCUCGACAUACCCCUCGCUCAAAUCAGUAUGCCUGAAGCGCUAAGAAAUCUGGAUCACGGCCUUGUGCACGGGUGGAAUCAGACAACCAACUGUGUGCCAAUCCGCUCACACGUCCAUCCAGACAACUUCACCGCAAAGGGAUGGGCUUUGCUACAUCACGCUGGAUUUGUAACUUACCCUCAUCACGACGCUGAGGGAACCCUGACGUGGGUAAGAAUGGAGGCUGGCAUCAAGUUCUGGGCGAUUUUUUCGUUGAGGGAUGGAGCGAACAAUCGAAUUGGUUUGCAGGAUCUCUCGGUCAAACUUGCAGACUAUGCUAGGCAUAAAACAUGGAUUCAUAAGAAUUGCGAUGCCGAAGUGCUAACGCUUCGUCCGGGGGAUAUGUUAAUACUGCCUCCUGGCGUUGUACAUGCGGUGUAUACGCCAGUACCAUCAUUUUCAACAGGCGGGCACUUUUACCAUUAUUCGUGCAUGCACCUUACGGAACUCGCAAGGUAUAUCGACGCUGAAGUUGGAGAAUCUACGACAAAUCAAGCUAUGGAUCACGCGUUGGAGACCUUGCGACGUAUGGUUAUUAUGCUUCCUUAUCUGUCACGGAGAGUAGUGCUUCCGCGACGAGCGUUGUUAAGUCUAUGCCUGAUGGCGUGCAAAGGUAGGCAGUAUCGGGCCGCUGGAAGUAAUGCAAGCUCCGUGGAGGACACUGAAACUGCACCUCCAUGCUUCCAUAUAGUUCAGGUUGUCUAUGAAUUCCUUGGAAUAACACAGCGCAUACGUGCUGGAGAUAUCCUGUACACAGGUGAUCAGCUGCACCCAGGUAUCGAAGUUGAUCGUAUGGAGCUACUCCGAUCCUUCAAAGAUAAUCUGGACCUGUAG